AUGCUAACAGGCUCCAUGGAGAAAGCCGCCGCUAGCCGCCGGGGCCGCCACCGCCGGGGCCGCCGCCGCCGGGGCCGCCACCGCGACACAAGACCGGCCUACUCUCUUGGAGCUGACAGUGGCGGUCUGCAGCCAGACUCUCUUGGAGAAGGCAGCACCCAGGAUGUUAUUAGUGGAGAUGAUCAAUCCUCAGGAGUCUUUCUUCUGCUGGUCAUCAAAAGCCCUCCACAUAACCACGACCGCAGAGAGAUACUGCGCAAGACCUGGGCAAAUGAGAGGUUAAAGAACGGUGUGUGGACCAGACGUAUCUUCAUCUCAGGAACAACAGGUUCUGGUUUUGAGAAGAAAAGACUGAACAAAGUUCUCAAGUUGGAGCAAAGUGAGCACAAUGACAUUCUUCAAUGGGACUUCAGUGAUACAUUUUACAACCUCACCUUAAAGCAGAUACUCUUUCUGGAAUGGAUGGAAAGAAAUUGUCCAAAAGUACGUUUCCUAUUCAAUGGUGAUGAUGACAUCUUUGUAAACACAAACAACGUGGUCAAGUAUCUCCAAGGCCUUGACGACAAUGAUGGAAGCAAGCACCUCUUUACUGGACAUUUGAUCCAGUAUGUUGGGCCAAUUAGAACACCAUGGAGCAAGUAUUUUGUUCCAGUUCAGGUGCAGGAAUCAGACUCAUAUCCCCCAUACUGUGGUGGUGGGGGCUUCUUUUUAUCUGGUUACACAGCUUUGGUCAUAUACAACAUGUCCAAGUCUACUGGCCUACUUCCCAUUGAUGAUGUUUACAUGGGAAUGUGCCUGGCCAAAGCAGGACUAAGUCCUGUUUCACAUAUGGGUGUAAAGACUGCAGGACUGUAUAUACCCUCCAACAAUAUAGAUAUGUAUGACCCUUGCUAUUUUAGGGAAAUUCUACUGGUUCACAGGUUCAAAAUAGCAGAAUUGUUCCUUAUGUGGCACAGAAUAAAUGACCCCAAACUGAAAUGCUUUGGCCUUGCUAAAUAGUGACUAACAAGUUAUGACAGAGUGUCACUGCUUAGUUCAUUACUGGGUCUUAGAUUGGAGUAUUGUUGCGCUACACUACAUUAUGUUGACAUGUGUUUGCAGAAUUCUGCCACCUACAUUGAUGCAGCAUCAAUGUAGCAUGUUAAAUUGCUGUGUCAUUAUUUAAUACGAUGAAGUACCAUUGAAAUACUCACUGGUGCCAAAUUAUUUAACAUAUUUGACACAUUUGACUAAAUUACAGAAUAUAACUGUAAUGGUAUGUUGUUAACCAUUCACAGUAAAAUUAUGAUUUUUAAUUGUUUAAUAAAAUGGUGGUUCAUUUCUGAGGUUAAGCGCAUAGUCAAAUUAAAAACACACCUUUUUUUCUGAUCAAGCAUGACUAUAUACUGUAUAUAAACACAAUAAAACUUCAAAACAUAACACAGAGUAAAAAUUACAAAAACACACAAUUGGGAGACAUAUGUAGGGAAAUA